GUUGACACAAUAAUCCAGGGUAUGUGGUGAUUUCUCAAAAGAUAACUGGACCUGCCAUUUCCUGGGUUUCACAGAAGCAUCCUGACUUGGAGCGAGCUGCCAUGACCAGCCAGUCCCAGGGAAUCCACCAGCUCCUUCAGGCAGAGAAAAGGGCCAAGGACAAGUUAGAGGAAGCCAAGAAGAGAAAGGGGAAGAGACUGAAGCAAGCUAAGGAGGAGGCAAUGGCUGAAGUGGACCAAUACAGAAUGCAGAGAGACCAGGAGUUUCGACUUAAACAGUCUAAGAUAAUGGGUUCUCAGAGUAAUGUCUCCUACGAAAUUGAAGAACAAACACAGGGAAAGAUUCAGGAACUGAAUGGGAGCUACAACAAGUGUAUGGAGGAUGUGAUUAAACAGCUCUUGAUGAUGGUCUGUGACAUAAACCCAGAAAUCCACAUGAACUACAGAACCACCAACUGACGUACCUAAAACAGUUCCAAGGAGUGGUGUGUGGAUGCCUCCUGCUUGCUGGUAGCUUCAUGUUCGCAUUAAGAAAUUUAAAACAUUGAUCUUGUUUACUGAACAUUUAUAAAAUUCAGUGUGCAUGAAUUCACAAAUGGGCGCUUAAUUUUAAAAAGUAAAUAAAGCUAUCAUUUUAUCUUUCCCGGUAA